AGUGAUGUUUGUGUGAUUGUGUCUUUUGUGUCAGAACCUCCUCUGAAGAUGAAGCUUUGCCUCUGUGUGCUUUACACAGCUCUGCAGGUCACUGUUGGUUGUAUAAUAUCUGAACCAAACUAUGAGACCAUCACCAGAUCCCCAGGAGAGUCUGUUCUCCUGUCCUGCUCCUGUACUGACCUGCAGACCAAACCUGGUGAGAUUCAGUGGACUGGUCCUGGUGAAAACAAGAAAGAGUUUUAUAAGUUGACUGGAGAUCUGAACCCAGAAGAAAAUAAGCGUUACAGUGGUAGAGUCCAGAUAUUCAGUGACAGUUCUCCAGGAAACAUGUCCCUGCUUCUGUCUGACCUGACUGAAGAGGACCAGGGAGAAUACACGUGUGAGAUCAUAAGCAAUAACAGAGGACAUUUCCGAGAAAUCAGUCUCAUCAUAAAAAGAGAAGAAGCUGGAGAGGGUUGUAUAAUAUCUGAACCUGAACAUGAGACCAUCACCAGAUCUCCAGGAGAGUCUGUUCUCCUGUCCUGCUCCUGUACUGACCUGCAGACCAAACCUGAUGAGAUUCAGUGGACUGGUCCUGGUGAAAACAAAGAGUCUUAUAUGUUGACUGGAGAUCUGAAUGAAGAUGAAAGGAAGUGUUACAGUGGUAGAGUCCAGACAUUCAGUGACAGCUCUCCAGGAAAUGCAUCUCUGCUUCUGACUGACCUGACUGAAGAGGAUCAGGGAAACUACAGUUGUGAGAUCAAAAGAAAUGAAAGAAAAGAAAUCCGAGUAAUCACACUCAUCAUAAAAAGAUGUAUAAUAUCUGAACCUGAAGAGGAGACCAUCACCAGAUCCCCAGGAGAGUCUGUUCUCCUGUCCUGCUCCUGUACUGACCUGCAGACCAAACCUGGUGAGAUUGUGUGGAGUGUCGUUGAUAAGAAAGGACUUUCUGUGUUGACUGGAGAUCUUCUCCCAGAAGACAAGAAGCGUUACAGUGGUAGAGUCCAGACAUUUCGUGACAUUUCUCCAGGAAAUAUGUCACUGCUUCUGUCUAACCUGACUGAAGAGGACCAGGGAGAAUACCUAUGUCUCCUUACAAGCAAACAUGGAGGAAUGAGAGCAAUCAAACUCAUCUUUGAAAAACAUCCCAACACCACAACACUUCCCAGCAUGCCUUUCUUCAUCCGCUUGGCUCUUUCUGUGCUUCUUGUGAUAGUGGGAGCAACUGCAGUCAUCUGCUCUUCAUGCAGACCAAAGAAAAAAGCGAGAGGGGGCCAAACGGUAUGAAAACAAAGAUGACAUGAGCAUGUGAUGAAUUCUGUUGGAGUGGACUCUUCAGACAUUCUGAAUAUCUAAGCUUCUGGCCAAACUGCACUUCACGCUCACAAUCUUGAAUUUUUUGGGUUUCGUGGGUGCCAGCGUGGGGGUGGAGUGACCCCCAUGGACCAAAUUAAACAUUUUUCAUAAAAGUCCAAUUUGUUUCAUGUGCCCCGGUGUUACAGUGU